AUGAUCCAUAGUGGCUCCCUGAUAACAAUUUCUCCUAGCCUUCGUCGAGAUAUCUAUGCAGUCUCCACCGAUUGCUAUUUUCCCAAAAACCCACCGCCUCCCAUUCUAUCAUCCACUUUACCCGUCAGCUUGCUUUUCAUUCACACCGGCGAAUCCUUCCCCGAGAUAAGAACGGAGCUGAUACGUGUGGUUCCCACGCCUUCCCCGACCGGUUCUGCUUACCUUCCCCCACCUGCUUUCUCAUCCACCUAUGCCCUUUGGGUCGAGAAACGAAGAGCCUCUGGUAAAAUUUCUGGUUUGGAGCUUAAUGGUGACCAUGAACGCACCAUUGUCGGCCCCCUUCGCUUCUCGGGUGCCCCGAAUUCUCCAUUGUUGCUUCUUCAGACUUCCUUCACCAGGUUACCAAUUUACUGUCAAAUUUGUCUCGAAACUGAAAUAGAGGAGAUUGAGAGGGAGAUAUUUAAAGUAGACAGAAUGGUUCUCUGCUCUUGCACAUGGUAUAAAGCUACUAACGGCCUAACACUACUUUUUGAGUCAAGUGAAGAAAACGGGCCAGAAGCUUUGUCUAAAAGGAUUCUUGAUUUCAUGAUAUUUGGAUGGAAUUACUAGGGAAAAAUGUAGCAAGUCGCCUCCAACUGGAAUUUGAGUGGCAAAGGAUGUGGAGGCUACAGUUCUUUAGGUUCUUCCAAUUUCAGCAGUAAUGGUUUUAUUGCCAUUAUGUGUAAUUUCCAUUUUUUCGUUUUAAGUGCACUAAAUAGCAAUGCGCUUUGAAUUUACAUCUUUUUUUUUGUAAUUCAUUUUUUUACCAACAAACAAAGUACAUUGCUAUUUGUUGCAUCUUUUCAUAUUUCCAUGUAUUUGAUAUUAUACUCUAUUCAAUCUAUACAGUUGCUUAGUAUUUGAAUGA